AUGCUACUGAUGAGAGCAGACAGCUCAUCCACAGCUGCGUCUCCCGCACCUACAUAUAACCACGCCGAAUCCUCGAACCGUCUCUCAAAAAGCGCUUCAGAAAUGAAUAGACCCGCAUCAUCCACAAUCAUCUCCAUCAUGGAAACAUCGCCAAUCUACUUCUGGCGCGAGACCGGCCCAGAGGGUUACCUCUCCCAGUGGUGGACAAGAGACCCCUUCACCAUCGCCGCCACCGCCUCCUCCCCGCCCAUCACCUUCAGGACGGCUGAGCACUACAUGAUGCAUGGCAAAGCCCUCCUCUUCGCCGACGCCGACGCCGCGCUCGCGAUCCUCAGGGCGGACCACCCGCGCAAAGUCAAGGCCCUCGGGCGCAGGGUCCGCGGCUUCGACGGCGAGCGGUGGGACGCCGAGAGGGAGCGCGUCGUCCGCGAGGGCAACCUCCUCAAGUUCCGCGCCGCGCCGCAACUCCGGGAGCGGCUGCUGGCGACGGGCUCUCGCGAGCUCGUCGAAGCGAGCCCGACGGACCGCAUCUGGGGCAUUGGGUUCGCGCCCGACAAGGCGCCGGCGUCCGACAGGGCAUGCUGGGGGUUGAAUCUGCUCGGCAAGGUGUUGAUGGAGGUACGGGAGGCGUUGAGGAAAGAGGAGCAGCAGCAGCAUGGGGGGGAGAAGAAGAAGAAGGGGAGUGAAGAGAAGGAAGAGCAGCUGGAAGUGGAGGAGAAGCAGAUUCAGUCCCGGACGAAGAGGAGACGUACCCGGUCGCAGGAUGAAGAGGAAAUGAGGGAUGAAGACACGACGUCCAAGUCGAGACGAGUGAAAAAACGGGAGGACGGAGAGGAGGACGGAGAGAAGGAUGGAGAGGUGGACGGAGAGGAGGACGGAGAGAAGGAUAGAGAGGAGGACAAACGCGGAGAGUUUCGGGGGUGA